UGGACUGUGUGUCCUGUUUUGAUUUCUUUUUUAAUUUUGGAGUUUUAAAAUAUUUUUCCACACUGCCCAACAGCUGUUCUAUUUCUUUAUCAAAAGUUUGUGUAGUUCCCUUCUUAGUUUACUCUGGCAGAUAGAAAGGUUUAUUUAAAUAAGUUGGGUUUGUUCAGAUCAAACAUUCCUUUGCACUUUAGUUCAGUUACUUUAGUGAGCUUUGUGAGGGCAGCUCUGUGAAGCUAGGGGUUGGGCACCAGAACCGGUACGCCCAUGGUUCUGCAGAAGGUUGAGUCAGUAUGUGUCCACAGUGCACCCGUGGCUCUGUGGAAGGUAGUCAGUGUGCUCCACAGUGCACCCGUGGCUCUGUGGAAGGUAGUCAGUGUGCUCCACAGUGCACCCGUGGCUCUGUGGAAGGUAGUUAGUGUGCUCCACAGUGCACCCGUGGCUCUGUGGAAGGUAGUCAGUGUGCUCCACAGUGCACCCGUGGCUCUGUGGAGGGUAGUCAGUGUGCUCCACAGUGCACCCGUGGCUCUGUGGAAGGUAGUCAGUGUGCUCCACAGUGCACCCGUGGCUCUGUGGAAUGUAGUCAGUGUGCUCCACAGUGCACCCGUGGCUCUGUGGAAUGUAGUCAGUGUGCUCCACAGUGCACCCGUGCCUCUCUGGAAGGUUUUCAGUUAUACUUACAAUCCUACCACCUUAUCUAAGUUUUAAGUGAGUAAUUCCAAGAAAUGGUUGUCUGUUCCUUCUUUGUCACUUUCUUAGUGAGACUUUUCUUUCAAUAUGUUUUCCUUAGCAUUUAUUAUACUUAACACAUGAGGCAUCUUAUUUUCUUUGUUUACUUGGCUGUGCCCCUUAAAUGGCAUGUGGGAAAAAUACUUCAUCCUUACAGGGAAGGCAAGGCAUAGUUUCUCACGGGGAAAAUGAUAUGUAUUCUUGACUUUGUGUGUGAGCAUGUGUGCCCCUUCUCUAACCUGUGACUUUCCAGCUUUGAUUAGUAAACUUAGGAUACACUUAAAGUCACCCUCAGUUUUGAUAUGAGAAGU